AUGAAGGCUCUUCUGGGUUUCAUAAGUACUCUUGUCUAUGACAUUGCUGCUCAAGGUACAAACUCAUCCACGGGCAGCAUGACUCUGGUGCCAUUCAAAUUGGACUCAUUUCCUCUCGGCUCCAUCCGUGCAUCCGGUUGGCUCCAUGAUCAACUCCGACUGAGCGCCGACGGCCUCAGCGGCCAUUUGUUUGACUUUUAUCGCUAUGUUGCUCAAUCAGAAUGGCUAGGUGGUACUUUUGAAUACAGCGAGCUGCACGAAUCGGCACCCUACUGGUUCAAUGCCAUCGUUCCAUUGGCCUGGGGUCUCAAUGACACGAGGUUGCAAGAUCAGGCCCGUCAAUUCUUGGACUACACCCUUGAGCACCAGGCCAAAGAUGGAUGGUUGGGACCCGAGACUACGAGACAAACUCGCGGGAUUUGGGCGCGAUCACUGCUAUUCUUUGGGCUUAUUCAAUACGCCGAGGCCGACGUUUCUCAGCAAGACCGCAUCGUGACAGCCAUGCACAAAUUUGUUACCUUGACACACUCGAUGCUCCAAAACAACUUUACGGGGCUGAUUCAGCAAAAGUCGUUGGAGGAUGAUUUCGACCCGUUUGGUUAUGGUCUCUCUAGGACCCACGAGCUGCCCAUUUCUCUCAUGUGGCUCUACGAGCACCACCCUGGGAAUCAGAGUGCCAUUAUUCUGGAAACGAUUGAUCUCAUGUUCCAAGGAGGCCGGGUUGUUGGACGAGAUUGGACCACGUUUUUCGUAAACGGCGUUUUCCCUCGAAAUACCACUUACAAAGCAAGCGGCUUCACCCAUGGGGUCAAUAUAGCAGAAGGGCUAAGAUAUCCUUCUGUGCUUUACAGAUAUACCAAGAAUGAGUCGUUGGUCCAGCAGACACUCGAUGCUGUGGCAAUGGUGGUCAAGUACCAUACCGCUCUUUCCGGGACGCUGAUUGCAGAUGAGCAUCUCGGUGGGCUGAGCCCGCAAAGAGGAUCAGAACUGUGCAUGGCUGUCGAAUCCAUGUUCUCAUACGCGUGGUUAUAUCGACUACAUGCAGUCAGUGAUUUUGCUGACCGGGCGGAACGGGCCGCCUUCAAUGCACUCCCCGCCGCGGUCAGCCCGGACUGGUGGUCUCAUCAAUAUGUCACUCAGACAAAUCAACCGUGGUCGCGAAAUCUCACUUCGGCCAACCCAUUUUUCGACGUCGUUUCAUACGGCAAUACUUUUGGUCUUGAGCCUAAUUUUCCCUGCUGCACGGUCAAUCAUGGACAGGGCUAUCCAAAAUAUGUCUCAUCCUCGUACGGCAGGUUGGGAUCCACUGGAGUCGCCCAUAUUCUUCUUGGGCCAACAUCUCUUAAGACCACGUUGGGCGGCAGCAGCGCAGUUCAGGUGGAUUGCCACACAAAUUAUCCCUUUUCCUCCAGCCUUGAAUACACUGUAACAUCUGAAGUCGCGUUUGACUUUUAUGUUAGGAUCCCGGAGUGGACAGCCAUGAAUUCGUCCUUUGCCAUGCAGAAUGGCCACAAGUCGCCACUGAAACCUGAGGCGGACGGACUGCAUCACUUUCGGCUCGAACAAGGCGCGACCAAGCUGUCAGUCUUUUUGGAUAUGAGUAUCAACAUAGUCAUGAGAAAUGGGUCUGCCGGAGUAUAUCGUGGACCGUUGCUCUACGCUGCCGCCGCCGACUAUAACGAAACCGCCUUUCAGCCCUUGAACUGGACCGACAGGUCAGCCUUGCCGACUGCACAAGUUGAUCCAAGGUCAAGAGACCAUGCACUGAUUCCCACCUCUCCAUGGAUGUAUGCGAUUGAUCCUUCAACCGUUGCAAUGGAAUCCGGGGGAGAUUUGCGCGGCCCGCUGAGUAAUCCCAUCUUCUCCAAGCACGCAAUACUGCCAACACUUGCAGUCGAUGCGUACCGGUUUGACUGGCCCAUCGAUCAUGAUACCGCAGCAAUACCACCCAUUAAACCGACAGUCGACGUUUCUUCAAGGACGAGGUUGAAAUUGAUUCCUUACGGCGCGGCGAAAUUACACAUCGCCCAGUUUCCUGUGGUGGAUUUGGCAGCAAACACUUUGAUAUCAUGA